AUGGAUCAUAUAACCCCCAAGCCGCGGCGCCGCGAUCCUCGCGCGCAAUCGCCCGCCGAGUCGUCCGCCGAUGAACUCGCAGCAGGAUCCGACCACGACGAAGCCGAGCGCCGCCGAGCUAGCUGGACUAUGCAAAAGGGCUUCACACCCCUGCGCCCGCAGAAGACUGGGCGUCUCUACAGCGAGUCUGAGAGCCCCGACGAGUUAGCUGUGGACGCCGACGAAUACUGGCGUUCCUCACGCAUGCGCAACCGUCACCGAAGCCCUUCUCCGAUCACUCCCACUAACAUACGUGAUGACCAAUCCCAGAGUGGAUUGAAUGAUCUUGCGGGAGAUGAUAUGACUGGCUCAGACGUUGAGCAGGAUCGCGACGCUGAGAAGUGGUCCGAUCGUUCUGACACGCCUGUUGCUACCCCGGUGGCUACCAAGCCAGAAGAUGUGAACUACAAGGAGAAAUUUGUUAUGCACGGUCACCUUCGCGGAGUGUCAGCUGUACAAUUCUCGCCGGAUUGCACUAUGAUCGCGAGUGCCGGUGCCGACGCAGCUGUCAGAGUCUGGGACACUGCGACUGGUAGACUCAUUCAUAUAUUCGAAGGACAUCUAGCUGGCAUUUCUACCCUUGCCUGGGCGCCUGACGGUGAAUGGAUUGCAACUGGUUCCGAUGACAAAACAAUUCGCUUGUGGAAUGUGAACACUCUCAAGGCCCAUACCAAGGUCUUUGAUGGACAUCAUAACUACGUGUAUCAAAUCGCAUUCGCACCGAAGGGUAACAUCCUGGUUAGCGGUUCCUACGAUGAGGCCGUGUUUAUGUGGGAUGUUCGCCGCGCCCAGGUUAUGCGCUCCCUUCCAGCCCACUCCGAUCCUGUGGCCGGUAUCGAUGUUGUGCAUGAUGGAACUCUUAUCGUUUCAUGCGCUCUAGAUGGACUUAUUCGUAUCUGGGAUACUCACAGCGGCCAGUGUCUCCGCACCCUGGUUAUGGAGGACAACCCGCCUGCAACUUGCGUCAAGUUUUCCCCCAACGGCAAAUUUGUCUUGGCCUGGACCCUAGACAACUGCAUUCGGAUGUGGAGCUAUGUUGAGAGCCGCGUCCUCAAGACAUUUCAAGGCCAUGUCAACACGAAAUACAGCUUGUCAGGAUGCUUCGGUACUUAUGGACCUCGAGAUGCGAUCUACGACCCGCCCUUAUGUUUCGCCGUCAGUGGCAGCGAGGAUGGUUCUAUUUUCUUCUGGGAUCUUGUGAGCAAGCAAAUCCUACAGCGUCUUGAUGGUCAUUCAGACGCUGUGCUUUGUGUUCACACGGGUACCCUAAACGGCAAGCGUAUGGUUGUGAGUUGCGGUAUAGACAAGACGGUUCGUUUGUGGGAAGAGGCAGAUGAAAACGACAACGAUAACGCGUUCGACAAUGGUGUCACUCCUACCCCCGAAUCUCACUCGCAAACCGAUACCCCUGCGCAUGAUGAAGAUGGCGAUAAUGCUAUGACUGAUGUCUCUGUGGUGCCUUCCACUGCCGCCACCCCGGCAGAGGAUGCGGCGGAGGACGUGACGAUGACAUGA